GGGGGUGGAAACUAACGGGGCGCGUGAGCGCGGGAAAGAGCGCCGGUGCCGUUCCUCGGUGUGAAGUUUGCUUCCACUUAACGCUCCAACGCUUUGUACUGGGAUGAACGCGCAUUACCGGAUCCGCACGUGCGCCCGUGCGUUGUGCUGAUGUCCAUUGCGCGCUUGGCGACGCGUCGCUCAGGCUUUCAAUCCCAGUUAUAUUAAGAUUUUUAAACAAACAAACAAAAAAAUUUUUUUACGUUUUUAACUUCAACGGUUAUCUCUGGAUUAGGAUACGCGCUCUCGGCACGUGCGUCGCGCGCGAACGUUGAUGCCAGCGCGUGCCGGAUGAGCAUGAGUCCGCGCGGCCAUGGCUCGCUGUGACCGCGGCGCUCAGACUCUCCUCGCGGCUCUCGGCGCGUUCGCUGCCUUCAGCCUCAUGACGGUGGCCAUCGGCACUGACUACUGGCUGUACUCGCGCGCCUACGUGUGUAACGCCACCAACAGCAGCGCGGACGAAGCGGAUAACCUGCUGCAGCCCAAAAAGACCAAAGGAGACCUGACACACUCUGGCCUCUGGAGGAUCUGCUGCAUUGAAGGAAUCAACAAAGGAAGCUGUUACCGGAUCAAUCACUUCCCUGAGGAUAAUGACUACGACACAGACAGCUCUGAGUACAUCCUGCGGAUUGUACGAGCAUCCAGUCUUUUCCCCAUCCUGAGCACUAUCCUGCUGCUUCUGGGAGGAGUGUGUGUGGCUGUGGGACGAGUUUACAACGGCAGGAACAACAUCCUCCUUAGUGCCGGCAUCUUGUUUGUGGCUGCAGGUCUGAGCAACAUCAUAGGCAUCAUCGUGUACAUCUCGAGCAACACCGGGGACCCCAGCGACAAAAAAGGCGAAGACAAGAAGAACCAGUACAGCUACGGCUGGUCCUUCUACUCUGGCGCGUUGUCGUUCAUCGUGGCCGAAGCCAUCGGCGUGCUCGCUGUCAACAUCUACAUUGAGAGAAACAAGGAAGUGCACGUAAAGCGGCGCAACUUCCUGAAAACCGGUGUGUCAUCUUCCUCGCCGUACAUGCGAAUCCCAAGCUACCGGCAGCGCAGGCGGCGCUCUCGCUCCAGCUCCCAUUCCACCGAGCCGUCUCGAGACAACUCGCCUGUCGGGCGAAAGAUGAUGGCAUCCGCGCUGCCUCUAGGCGAGAUCUCCAUGUACACUCUUGGCCGAGAGCACCAACUGAGGUCAGGAGGAGCGCUCGGGCCCUACCCAGAACCACCCAGCUUUCUGCAAGUUCACAACUGCUUCCCCAAAGGCGCCACAAAAGACGGCAUUAACCGCAGGACCACGCCUGUUUAAAUGCACACCUGGUCCAAGAUGGCCGAUCGUCAUAGUGGUACUCGGUAGCGUUAGUAUCACUGUGUCUGAGUUUGAUUUAAAGGGGGCGGGGUUUCUUUAACAUCUGUUUUAAAGAUAAUAAACUAAUAGACGUUGUAGCAUUUUCUGAGCCAUGUUUUGGCUUCCAGUUUCAUACUGUUUAUCCAUAUGCACAGUCUGCAGCCCAAGUAGCAAUAUUUCAAUGCACUAUAUAUUGAAAUAUUGAAAUAUUGUUUGAGUCUUUUCACGUUUUUCUUUGUGUGAGUAUGUUUAACACUCAAGGCCGAUACACACAGGACACAUCAUGUCAAACGCCACAUGUAGCUUAAUGUCACGGGUCAUGGCAAAACCCUAUUCAAACCCAUUUUAAUUAAAGCUCAGCCAUAUUAGA